AUGACUGCUCAGAAAUGCUGCCUCAGCGGCUUCGAAUGGUCCGGCGAGCCACAAGGCGAGGUCAUCCCCUUUCCAACUACUUCCAAUCAAGCCUACAAAACAGGCUCAAGCUCGGACGUGGCAAUCCUCUUCGUGCAUGACCUCGUGGGCUGGAAAUACCGCAAUGCGAGACUCUUGGCAGAUCAUUAUGCUCGUGAGGUGGGAGCGACUGUGUAUCUGCCAGAUUUAAACAGCAGGGAGAUCCGAGAGCCAGAGAUCUUCGCUUGUGCGAGGAAGUUGAGGAGUGAAUACAAGAAGGUCGGGGCUGUUGGGUUCUGUUGGGGUGGUUGGGCCGUCUUCCGCCUCGGAGCCAAAGGCAACAACUUGGUGGACUGCGUGAUCGCCGGUCAUCCAAGUAUCCUGAAGAAGGAAGACAUCGAUAAUGUUGACGUCCCAGUCCAAUUGCUGGCACCGGAGCACGAUCCACCGUUCUCACCCGAGUUGAAAGACCAUUUCUGGCGCGUCACGCAAGCUCGAGGCGAUUUGGCAUUUGACUAUCAGCACUUUGCCGGUAUGGCGCACGGCGCUCUAGUCAGGGGCGACGAGGAGAAGCCUGGAGAGCAGAGGGCAAUGACGAGGGCGAAGAAUGCGGCUGUUGGAUGGUUUGCGGAGUGGUUACACACAGAGUAG